GGGGAUCACCUCAACUUGACUGUGGUUCCCCAGCCCUCCAAGAAAUGCCCAUAAACCAAGGAGGAGAGGGUAAAAAAUCGAAGAAUACAUGGUAGGGAGGAAUUCCAAAAAUGAUUACCCAUUAAAAGGCAGGCUGGAAGGCCUUCCUGGUUUUAAGAUGGAGCCCCCAAAAUGAAGGGUUGUCAGUUUAGUUUCUCUCCUAAAAUGAAUGUAUGCCCACCAGAGCAGGCAUCUUCCACGUGGAGAAGCUGCAGCUCUGGAAAGAGGGUUUAAGAUGCUAGGAUGAGGCAGGCCCAGUCCUCCUCCAGAAAAUAAGACAGGCCACAGGAGGGCAGAGUGGAGUGGAAAUACCCCUAAGUUGGAACCAAGAAUUGCAGGCAUAUGGGAUGUAAGAUGUUCUUUCCUAUAUAUGGUUUCCAAAGGGUGCCCCUAUGAUCCAUUGUCCCCACUGCCCACAAAUGGCUGACAAAUAUUUAUUGGGCACCUACUAUGUGCCAGGCACUGUGUAGGUGCUGAAAAGUGGCCAAGGGCCACCCCCGCUGAUGACUCCUUGCAUUCCCUCCCCUCACAACAAAGGAACUCCACUGCGGGGAUGAAGCGCUUCUUCUAGCCACUGCUAUCGCUAUUUAAGAACCCUAAAUCUGUCACCCAUAAUAAAGCUGAUUUGAAGUGUUACCUUUUUUUGGAGGAAUUGGGGAGAAGAAUGGGAAAAAAGAUGGGAGUGACUGCAUAAUGUCAGCAUUUUGUGCUUUUGGCUCAGCAUUUGGAUUGGAUGGAGGAUGUAAGUAUAGUUUAAAAGCAAGAAUAAGUAUAUUUAGGGGCCCUAUGAUAAUUUAGGGUAUUAUCUGAAAGCAAGAAUCUAGUAGCCAAGGGAGAAACCGCACACACUAGGUCAGGGGUCCCCAACCCUUGGGCCGCAGACUGGUACUGGUCCAUGGCCUCUUAGGAACUGGGCCACACAGCAGGAGGUGAGCAAGCAUUACUGCCCAAGCUCCACCUCCUGUCAGAUCAGCAUAAGCAUUAAAUUCUCAUAGGAACUCGAACCCUAUUGUGAACUGUGCAUGCAAGGGAUCUAAGUUUCUCGCUUCUUACGGGAAUCUAAUGCCUAAUGAUCUGGGGUGGAACAGUUUCAUCCUGAAACCAGCCCUCCGUCGCCACCGACCAUGGAAUAAUUGUCUUCCACGAAACUCUUCCCUGGUGCCAAAAAGGUAGGAGACCACUGCACUAGAUGAUGCACACACUUUGUCCCUCAUCCUAGGGCUUUUAGUUAUGGCCACUUAGAAGAUUCCUAAGGCCACAAGUCAAGUAGAUGGAGAGAGUAUCUUGAAACUUUGUCCACCUUGCAGCAAUAUGUUGCUAGGUUUGAAACAUGGAGUCAUGAGGCAUUUUGAAAGCCAAUAAUAUCUACAGUUUAUUAAGUAUUCACUAUGCAUCAAGUGCUUUAUUACAUUAUUAAUACAUCAACCCUAUGAAGUAGGUGCUAUUAAAACCCUAUUUCACUCAGAAAUUGAGGCACAGAGAUCUGCCCAAGAUUGCAAGGAAUAAGCGGCAGGACCAGAUCUCUUCAUCACAUUUCACAUUCCAAAUCACUCAGCUAUAAACUCCCUAACAUGACAGGUUGCCAUUUAGAGGUACCAAAUGGUUGUCUGCCCUGCUCCUUCCUUGAUGCCAACCAGCCUGAUUAGCAUUGAUCAAAGACCAAGCCAGAGAGGUAGUCCUCUCCCUUUUCAAUUUCAUUUCAUUUCUUUCUUUUUCUGAAACAGGGUAUUGCUCUGUUGCCCAGCCUGGAGUGCAGUGGCACAAAUGGCUCACUGCAGCCACAACCUCCUGGGCUCAAGCAAUCUUCCUACCUCAGCCUCUCAUUUUUCCAUAUCUAUAUCUCUUAUGCCCAAAAUAAGCUUUCCCCUGCCCCUUGUCUGCACUAAACUGUAAGUUUCCAAAAUGAACCCUUCCUGUACUCUAUUUGGUACACAUCUUGUCUCCUGAAUAGAGUGUAUUUUUUAUUUUAUUUUAUUUUGGAGACGGAGUCUCGCUCUGUCACCUAGGCUGGAGCGCAGUGGCACAAUCUCAGUUCACCGCAACCUCCGCCUCCCGGGUUCAAGCAAUUCUCCUGCCUCAACCUCCUGAGUAGCUGGGAUUACAGGCGCAUGUGGCCACGCCCGGCUAAUUUUUUGUAUUUUAGUAAAGAUGGGGUUUCACCAUGUUCCCCAGGCUGGUCUCCAACUCCUGAGCUCAGGCAAUCCACCCGCCUCAGCCUCCCAAAGUGCUAGGAUUACAGGUGUGAGCCACCACAGCCGGCCAUCUCCUGAAUAGAUUAUAAAUACCUAGAGGUCAGGGAUGAUUAUUCAAUACAUAUAUAUUGAAUACUUACUAUGUGUUGGACCCGGUGCUAGGGUUUUAUGUAUAUAUUUGAGAGCUCCACAUCCCUGGAUCUGAAUCCUCCACUUCCCACUGGAACCAUGCCCCUCCCAGUCCCGGUAAGUAAGAGGGAAGAUCGGGAGGGCCAAAUCCUACACCAGGGUCUAUCUUAGGGAGGGAAGGGACCUGGCUGGGGGGAGGGGGAUUCUGAGGAGUGAAACCACUUCCUGUGUAGCUAGUUCCUGUGUUGACAGAAAGAGCAGAAGAGGAGGUGGGGUGGAGGGAGCAGAGCCAGGGAUUAGGGGGCUACUGAGGCUCUGGAGAUGAGACCGCCAGGAGUCCUUCCCCACCAUGAGCCCCCUCCACUCCUGCAGCUGGAGGAGUUUUUCCCAGUCUCGGUGCUGCCCUGGGGCGAGAGAGACUGAACAAGCUGUUUGGGUGGGAAAAGAGAAUGGAGGAAGUUGACAGGGAUGGGCGGGGCCCGUGGGGGGGCUGACCAGGAACCCAGCUUCCUGCUCAGUACCCAGGCAUCCAGCCCCCAGCUCACCCCCACCCCUUCCAGCCCCCACUCCCCUCAGGAACCCAAGGUUCCAGCCCUCCUCCCAAAUCCCAGCCACCCCUCCCCCACCAGUUUCUCCCCUCUAGGGGAUGGAGGCUGAGAGACCCCAGGAAGAAGAGGAUGGUGAGCAGGGCCCCCCUCAGGAUGAGGAAGGCUGGCCCCCUCCAAACUCCACCACUCGGCCUUGGCGAUCUGCUCCUCCGUCCCCUCCUCCUCCAGGGACCCGCCACACAGCCCUGGGACCCCGCUCGGCCUCCCUGCUCUCCCUGCAGACUGAACUCCUUCUGGACCUGGUGGCUGAAGCCCAGUCCCGCCGCCUGGAGGAGCAGAGGGCCACCUUCUACACCCCCCAAAACCCCUCAAGCCUAGCCCCUGCCCCACUCCGUCCUCUCGAGGACAGAGAACAGCUUUACAGCACUAUCCUUAGUCACCAGUGCCAGCGGAUGGAAGCCCAGCGGUCAGAGCCUCCCCUCCCCCCAGGGGGGCAAGAGCUCCUGGAGUUGCUGCUGAGAGUUCAGGGUGGGGGUCGAAUGGAGGAGCAAAGGUCCCGGCCCCCCACACACACCUGCUGAGACUUGAGCCCCAACCAGCCCUUCCUUGCCACUGGUCUCAAAGCUGGGCAGCCCAUUGCAUGCCCUCAACUCUUGCUUGGCAGGGGUACCAGAGACUGAAGGACACGGCACAAAUCUCAAUAUUCAUCUCCCACAUCACCUUCCCUGGGAACUGGACGGGGUGAAAGUCCUCAAACUCUGGGAACAGGCGAGGUGGAACGGGGAUUUAACUCCCCGCCCACAGGUCCAUGGGAGCUUGAGGCAGUAAGGGGGAUCCCAGGCACCCAUCUCAAGGAGUGGCUGGGAGUCUUUUCCCUAACUUGUGGGGACACCACCAAUUGUCAAGCUACUAGGCACUAGGGUCUGAGGGCUCAGGCCUCCACCUGAGAGGUUAUAACCUGAGAGACAGCUCUACCCUUCCUCCCAGUAAGAAGAGAAGGUGGGUGGGCACCUGAGAGAUUAAGACUAUUCUCCCAGUCCCACUACCAGCACCCCCGAUCCCUGAGACUGAGGGGUUUACGGGCUGUGAAUGGACCUUCAGCCCUGCCCACCCUCCCUCCCCACUGCUGCUGAGUCUGUCUGAUGUUUUGGUUGUAUGAAUAAAUAUAAUUCCCCUCUGGA